GUCCUCCGUGAUGUCUGUCUGCUUUGCUCGUUUCCACCCCAACUUGGUGGUUGGGGGCACUUAUUCGGGCCAGAUCGUCCUGUGGGAUAAUCGCAGUCAUCGGAGGACGCCUGUCCAGCGGACGCCCUUGUCUGCGGCUGCACAUACGCAUCCCGUGUACUGUGUAAAUGUUGUUGGGACCCAAAAUGCUCAUAACCUCAUCACCGUCUCCACCGAUGGCAAAAUGUGUUCCUGGAGCCUGGACAUGCUCUCCACUCCACAGGAGAGCAUGGAGCUGGUGUACAAUAAGUCCAAACCUGUGGCCGUUACUGGAAUGGCUUUCCCAACGGGAGACGUCAAUAACUUCGUGGUUGGCAGCGAGGAGGGUACAGUCUACACGGCCUGUCGUCAUGGAAGCAAAGCCGGCAUCGGGGAGGUCUUCGAAGGCCACCAAGGGCCCGUGACAGGGAUUAACUGCCAUAUGGCAGUGGGCCCCAUCGACUUCUCACACCUGUUUGUCACAUCAUCGUUUGACUGGACCGUCAAGCUGUGGACUACAAAGCACAACAAGCCGCUCUACUCCUUUGAAGACAAUGCGGACUAUGUGUACGACGUCAUGUGGUCGCCCGUGCACCCCGCGCUCUUUGCCUGCGUGGACGGGAUGGGGCGCCUGGACCUCUGGAACCUCAACAAUGACACCGAGGUUCCAACAGCGAGCGUGGCCAUUGAGGGGGCGUCCGCCCUAAACCGUGUUCGUUGGGCUCAAGGUGGCAAGGAAGUUGCCGUUGGGGACUCAGAAGGCCGUAUUUGGAUCUACGACGUCGGAGAGCUUGCAGUCCCCCACAAUGACGAGUGGACCCGAUUCGCCAGGACCCUUGUGGAGAUUCGUGCUAACAGAGCUGACAGUGAGGAGGAGGGCACCGUUGAGUUAUCUGCCUAGUGGGCGCGAGCGUCCCCACCUAGACCUUCUAGAGCUCAGCAUCUGCAGUCAAGUCAGCUUGUAUUCCUGUUCAUUCAGUCUCAGUGUUGCCCUGGCCUUCUGGGUGCCAUGUUGUGCCAGCUUUGCUCCAAGUAUUCCAAAUGUAGCCCACUAUACUGUCCACUGACCUGAAAUUCGCCAGAGCAUUUCUGUCUUUAUAUUUCGGUCUCAAAAAUGGGGGUGGAGUGUGGGAGCCUUUCUGGGUUGAGUUGUUGCCUUUUAACUACUUAGUAGCUGUAUUUAAUAGCUGGAAACCUCUGGUUAAAUUUGUGCUUACACACACUCCUGGCAUAGUCCUAUUAAAUCCAUAUGAAGCCAGAUAUGAUUAGGUACAGAUGUGGUGUGCUUUAUGCUAUGGUACAGGGCCAAAGACUUGAGAUGUGGUGUUUUACACGGUGACUCACAUUAUGAAUGGAUUUACUAGAAGAACAUUGCUGCUCCUUAUUUAUUGUGGUGUGCUGCAUGGAACAUAUUUAUUUGAAAGCAUUAAAAUAAACGAUCCUAGAGCAUGUGCCUAAUGA